GCCAAGGAGCCGGGGGGGAGCCCGGGCUCCCGCCUCCCUGAGCCCGCCCGAAGCUGGGGCUCGGAGGAUGCAGCAGGGAGAAGCACGAACCGCAUGCAGAACAGCAGCACCUACAUGGGCGUUUCUGCCUUCAACGGUUUCGGAAAGCCUUGGCUGACUAAUUGAGAAAAUGCAGAAGAUCUUGCAGACAGAUGACAUCACCGACAACCAAGUUCUUAGAAAAAGAAAGAGGAAACGGUCAGAGACCGUGAACUCAGAAAACGCAAACAGUGCUCCGGAUAAAGCACAGAGAGAUCCAUAUUCAGGAAAUGCCUUCCUGCCUGGCGAGAGUUCCAGCGAUGAGGAAACACCCUUAGAGGAACUGUCCAAGGAGGAACUUUGUAACAAAAUCGAAAGCCUGAAGGAAAAACUGAGAAGCAUCAGAAAGGAGAACAGCCGACUUCGGCAGUCUUUGGUCAUGCUGCAAGUGUUACCGCAGGCAGUCACCCAGUUUGAAGAACUGGUUGGAAUGGCAGAGACCCUCCUUAAGAGUGGAGGAGCCGUGUCCACACCAGCGUCUACCCUCUGGAGAGCAACAAACAAUUCCUCCCCGGAUUCGUUUGCCUCUCUGUGCAGUAAUUCCAACUCUACUUCCAGCUCCCCAAGUUCUGUGAAGGCUGAGGAAGAGCAACAUCCUGGUGAGAAGCAGUUCACGAUUGAGAGAUGGCAGAUUGCCCGUUGUAAUAAGAGCAAGCCUCAGAAAUUUAUUAAUGAUUUAAUGCAAGUACUUUACACAAAUGAAUACAUGGCCACACACAGUCUGACUGGGGCAAAAUCCUCUACUUCAAGGGACAAGGUUGUAAAACCAGCUAUGAAUCAGAAUGAAGUUCAAGAAAUCAUAGGAGUGACGAAGCAGGUGUUUCCCAGUGUGGAUGACAUCUCAAUUAGACGGAUGAUAGGACAGAAGCUAAACAACUGCACGAAGAAGCCGAGCGUGAGCAAAGCUCCCAACUCUCAGGAUGCUAAGUAGAUCCUAACGGUAUCUUAAAAUAAAACAUGCUUGGUUUUACGUCAACCAUUGGAUUUUGCUGGAGAACCUGAGGCACAUCAAGGACCGGCUGUAGUAGCCAUGGCUUUCCUGGGGGAGCAACAGACCGGCUGAAGAAGCUGCAUGCAGAGUUCAUCCUGAUUAACAGUGAUGCAUCAAACCAGGGCAUGUCUGUCACACAAGCAUGCGACACGGUUUCUUUGGAAAUAUGCAUCUUUCACUUACGAUGAUAUCAGCUCUUAUCAUAGCAACAAAAACAUCCACACUGCAGAUCAGUCUUUGUCUUCAACAAACAAUUCAAAUUAUUGCUAUCAGUGACAUCCCGUUAUGAUUUUUAUUUGGUGGGGAGGGGCUUCAGCAAGCACGUGUUUGGUAAAAAUACGAUUGAAAUAAUACAUGUCUUCCAAUACAAAAGGAAUAGAGCACGCCUAAGCGACGAUAACCGUGUCUAACCAAGUGAUGAUCACUUAACGUUAAGGCAACUGAGUUAUUGUGUGAUCUAAACACGUGUGAAAUAAGAUUAUGGAAAAAACAACAAAAAUAUAAAUGUCUUUUCCUCAUGCAACUAUUCCCAACACACUCCUGAAAGUCUAAACUCCCAUUUUUGUUUGUUAAUCCCAUGCACUGAUUUUUAUAAUAGUCUCCUAGUCUGUGAGGAAGACACAUCCCUCAAUAGCCAUUGUCCAGAACACACUAGAUUCAGAUGUGUAAUAGUAAACAUAUCACCUGAAGUGCACGGAGGACAUGACAUCAUGCCUGAUCAACUGUGAUGUUAAACUGCUUAUUUUUAACCUGUUUGUUUCCACUGUAGCAGAAGAAAAAUUAACUGGAAAAAAAUUAUUACCAGUUUAAUAAUGGCAUGGAAAAUGCCAUUUUGUAAAUCAACAGAAAGUAAAAUAUUCUUCAAAAACUUUUCACUUGAUAAAAGAUCCCCUGACAACUUUGCAAUUAGAAGCUAUGCCUUUCUCUUUUUCUCUCCCUCCUUCCUUUCUCCUCCAAGACAGGAUUUCUCUGUGUAGCCCUGGUUAUCCUGGAACUCACUCUGUAGACCAGGCUGACCUCACACUCAGAGAUCUACUUGCCCCUGCCUCCAAAGUUCUGGGAUUAGUGGUGUGUGUCACCACUGCCCAGUGAAGCUAUGCUUCUUGAGUGCGUAAAGUGACGUUGAAACUUGGAAAGGGGGAUUUCUAAAGUGCAGUGCAGUGGACCCAGGGAUUCCUCUGUAAAGGCUACGUGAUAUAACAGUGCAAUUGUACAAAAUACAUACUCACGAUGAAGUAAAUUAUGUAACAUUUGCUACUUUUAAUUAAAUAAAAUUUAACUCCAUUGAAAACUAA